GUUAAUAUUAAAUAUGAAAAACAGAUUGCCAACCAAUUGCAAGAGGCAAAAGAAUUGAGUCAAUACGAAGCCAGAAGAAUUCCUCCUCAUAUCGAUUACUACCAAGUCGAUAAUUUAGCCAAAGAGGCUCGCGAAAAAUUAACCAAAAUCAAGCCGAUUUCUCUCGGUCAAGCUCGACGAAUAGGAGGAGUUAAUCCGACUGAUAUCCAAAUGUUGAAAAAAACAACUUUAUCAGAAAAAACAAAAAAUAAUUUGCACCGGGCUGGCUAUCGCCAAUUAACCGAUAUUCAAUUAAAAACUAUUCCUCCAAUAUUGGCAGGGCAAGAUAUUAUUGCUCAAUCUCAAACGGGAACCGGCAAGACGGCCGCUUUCUUAAUCCCUAUUUUAGAGAAAUUAACCGCAAUUCACAAGCCACAAGUGCUAGUGCUAGUCCCUACUCGUGAAUUGGCUUUACAAGUAAGUGAGGAGGCACGAAAAUUAUCUCCUCACACCAAUUUACAAGUGGCGGCGGUUUAUGGCGGUGCACCAAUUUACCAACAAUUACAGGCUUUUCGUCGGGGCGUUGAUUUAGUAGUAGGGACUCCUGGCCGAAUCAUCGACCACAUUUUUACGCGUCAAAGUUUCCGGCUGGACCAACUAAAAUUUGUUGUUCUGGACGAAGUGGACGAAAUGAUUAGCAAAGGAUUUUUAGAAGAUAUUGAGAAAAUAAUUCGCCAAACUCCGUCGAGUCGCCAAACCCUACUUUUCUCGGCAACUAUUACUCCGGAAGUAGAAAGAUUUGCUCGCCGCUUCGCUCGUGAGCCCAUUCUUAUCACCAGCCCUACCAACGAUUUGCCUAGCAAAACCAAGCAUUAUUAUCUAGAAACGGCUUCCUGA